UCUGACGCUCACUUUACCAAGGAAACCCACACGCGCACUCUGACGCAACUGCCCAUUUUAGGAAACAUGCGUCAAUGGACCGAUGCAAGUGAGACAAAUGGUGAACUCCGGAGCGGCUACUGACGUCCGAAACAACUAAUUCAUAUUGGAGACAUAUUUUCUCUGUUUUUAACUGUAAAGUCGUAUUUCGACAAUGUCUCCAGAGCCCACUGGGAGAAGCAUGGUCAGAGCGGAUCUCUCUUUCGCUGCCUUAUGCAGAACAGGCCCCUCCCUGGCUGGAGUUGCAACGCCCAGGCGUGACGUGGGCCGUUUCGUUGGUGUUGAAAAGCCGUUGCAGUUCUUCAUAGUGCCAUUGAAGUGAGUCAUCGCUAGGAAGUGGGGGAAAAGGAAAAGAAAAAAAAAGUUCGAACUGUUCCGUGAACAGCAGAGCGCUCCGAGUAGAGAAGUAGGCAAGGCGACGGAAAAUAUUCUGAAGACUGAAAACAGGCAAUAGGCUUUAAAGCGAACGUUAACCUGCGUGAGUCACUGACUACAUGUUUACUCGUCUCUGCUGGAUUUGGCUGCUGAAAAGGUGUGCUGCUCACUUUAGAAUUGAAGUUUGCGCACCUGAGAGGAUCUUUGAGAGAGUAGUCUACCUGCGGAGCAGAAUAAUCAAAGCACAAUAAGUUGAAGACUUAACAAGCAGGCUAACGCUGCAGAAAAAAUAUCCAACUUGCAACAUUUGUCAGAUGUUUUAGGCUAAUUUUGAGAAACAUAAUUGCACUUUGCGUUUUCCAACUCGUUCUUGGAUAUCUCAAUUAACGUCUUGAGUCAGAGGAUUUUUAUUUUUCCUGUUGGUGCCUUUUAAAGCGGGGAUUUAAAGAAAAAAAAGGCUCCAGAGCUCAAACAGUCCACUAAAAUCUUCAUCUUUCCUGGACCAUGUACCAGGACUACUCCGGGAACUACGACACCUCGUCCCGCGGCAGCAGCACCUCUCCGGCCCAGCCAGAGUCCUUCACAAGCGGCAGCAGCACGAUCGGAAGUCCGAUCUCUACCUCAAGCUACCAGAAGUAUAGGGUUGACAUGCCUGGCUCCAACAGUGCCUUCAUCCCCACAAUCAAUGCAAUCACAACCAGCCAAGACCUGCAGUGGAUGGUGCAGCCCACCGUCAUCACCUCCAUGUCCAAUCCUUACUCUCGUUCCCACCCGUACGGCCAUCACCUGACCAACGGGCCGGGGCUGCUGGCGCACAACACCUUGGCUCGGCCUGGGGUCAUCCGCUCUAUCGGCGACGCCAGAGGCCGACGCAAGAGAGAUGAGCAGCUGACCCCGGAGGAAGAGGAGAAAAGGAGGGUGAGACGUGAGAGGAACAAGUUGGCUGCAGCCAAAUGCCGCAACCGCAGACGAGAGCUCACAGAGAUGCUGCAAGGGGAGACGGAGAAGCUGGAGGAGGAGAAGGCAGACCUGCAGAAAGAGAUCGAGAAUCUUCAGAAGGAGAGAGACAAGCUGGAGUUCAUGCUGGUCGCCCAUAACCCUGUGUGUAAGUUGCCCAUAGAGGAGCGGCACCAGCAGCAGCAGUGCACCCCACUCCCGCUCACCAUGCGCCCCAACAUGGCCGGACGGGCUCAGAUGAGCCAUGUGGUUGUGAAGCAGGAACCAGAGGACACGGAGGAAAACGUGGGCAAAUCUCAGCGCUCCGUCAUCAAGCCGAUAUGCCUGGGUGGCAGUGGCAUCAGCGGUGGGAUGUACUGCCCGGACGGAGACAGCCUGAACACGCCGGUAGUGGUGGCGUCCACCCCGGCCAGCACGCCAAACGCCCCCAACCUCAUAUUCACCUAUCCCACCAUGCUGGAGCCCGAGAGCCCCUCGCCCUCCUCCGAGUCCUGUUCCAAGGCCCACCGGCGCAGCAGCAGCAGCGGCGACCAGUCCUCCGACUCCCUCAACUCACCCACCCUCCUGGCGCUCUGAGUGAGAGGGGGGGGGCGCCACUGUGAAACAAACACUGUGGUUGAAAAGCAAAGCGAGGAUCGACCGCCCCUCCAUCCCGAGACCCUCCGGUGUCUUUAAAGCACAUAGAAAAGUCCAGACCAAGCUGACCAUGUGAGCCGUUUCCCCCUCUGGAAGGAGACCCACAAGGGCUAUGCCGCGUUUCUUCUCGUCCGACUUAGCGUGAAAUUUUCUACUCGUCAUCGUGUGUGCAGUGACCCUGAACGGCAUCGUCCCGUCGCCAUUUCAACUCCAGAGCGUCAACUUGUUUACUGACAGUUCUGCAGAAAGACACGCCUGUUUGUGGCUGCAACCAGAGAACGACUUCUUAAUAUAUAUUUUUUGAAAAUAUCUAAAAAGCCAUGUGGCUGACACUUGCACUCUGCCAAGACCAAUCAGUCAAUAAAUCACUAAAGCGAGGUCAGCGUUCUUCUGGGACUUCUGAGGAGAGACGAUGAGCAUUUUUCAUUUAAAUUCAUCCUUGCAAUUCAGGAUAGAGUGUACACUUUUCUGAUGUUAUUUCCAUCUCUUUAAGUGUAUUUAUGGCCUGUGCUGAUUGAAUUUUACAGUGUUUUGUUGAGACUUUGUCCUCUCCUUUAAUCUGCCUGUAGAAAAGCGACGCGGCCGUCUGCAGGAUGACCCGAGCACUCCUCAGUGUUGCAAAAGGAUACGAGCCAACUUUUCAAUCAGUGACUAGUUCCUCAAUACUUUCUAUUUUGCCAUAGUGGCUUGACUUUAUAGUAUUGUGUGCUUUUCCUCAGUGAUUCUGUACCUGAACUUUACAAUCUGUUUUUGACAAAGUGUAUGUGAUUUACAUCGAUGUCAGGGAUCAUCUCUCGUGUAGUAGAACCCCGUUGUGAGGAGCGUCGGCAGCAGUACUGCUGGCUGCUGCAGAGGCGGUGCUUUUUAAACUUUCAUCGCCAAGAGGUUCAUCUUUUCGCUCAAACAUUUAAAAAAAAAGUUUGAACAAAACCCUCCUGCGCUGCACUUCUUUGUUCUUGAAACAUCUUACCUUUUCUCCCCUCCUCAAUGCUGCCUCUCAGAAGGCAGGUCAGGUUUCAAAAAGCCAAAAAAUGGUUUUGUAUGACGUGUAAUCCUGUAAUUCGUCCAUUUUUGUCUAAAAAGGAGGGAUUUUGCUCAAAUUUAAAAAGAAAAAAAAGCCACUGUGGUCUAGACUGUUGCCAGCUGCCAAUGAUGUCAACCCUGUUUAUACAGUGUUUGUAAAUCUGUCACUUUUAGUAAAGAAAUGAUGUUUAAAUUCUGCUCACAUGUGCUGAUUUCUGGGAGCAACAUGGAGGUACUUAGUGGAAGCUGGACUGAUUCACUGUUUGGCGAUGAGGAAGGGAUGAAGAAAACUCUCUCUACAGCUGGCCUGACAUGAAAGAGUGGAUACUGAGUUCUACCAAGAACGUCUUUGUCAUUAUUUUUACAUGUGUGUAUCUUAAAGGGAUGAGGGUUUUAAAUACGAUGCACUGAGAAGGAUUUAGCAGCGACAUCUGAGACUGUUUACUUGAGACAUUCCUAAUGAAUUUUAUGUCGGGGGGAGGGCGGGUGGGGUGUUUAAAGGAGGUCGCCAUCUUUGUUCCAACCUGUUUUAUAACCAGAGAAAUUAAAAGUUGUGCUUGGAUGAAUUUUGUUGUGCUGGAUGCAGAAAACUACAAUUUGCUGCUACUUGUUUGGAAAGAACGUGUGGGCUGUUUCUAUCUCGAUUUAAUGUGACUGGUUGUUUCACGAUGUGAUGCAGCGGGGCUCUUUAAUCCUGUACGUCAACACGAAGAGGCGAGACGAUAACCAAAAACAUCAGUGUGUCUGAGUGUUGGAAUAUCCCGGAGCCCCUCGACACACAUAGGAAAGCCAUCGACUGUAGAUCUUCUACUGUACAAGUCAUCUACUGUCUGUCGCCUGUUCAACUAUAACUUCUUUUCCAAAUGCUUUAACUGUUUAAAAUGAUUCAAAAUUAAUAAAAAAACAGCAAUAUGUAUAGCAGUGUUUGUUAAUUUAAAAGAGUAAUAAUAAAAAUCAUUUUCGACUUGGA